UUUUUCUGUGUUUCUCUCUUGCAGGGUGGAAAUAAUGCAGGCCAUACUGUGGUUGUUGAUGGGAAGGAAUACGAUUUUCACCUCUUUCCUAGCGGCAUAAUUAAUCCAAAGGCAAUUUCCUUCAUUGGUAAUGGGGUGGUUAUACAUUUACCAGGCUUGUUUGAAGAAGCUGAAAAAAACGAGAAGAAAGGUUUAAAGGACUGGGAGAAAAGACUCAUUAUCUCAGACAGAGCACAUAUUGUGUUUGACUUUCAUCAAGCUGUUGAUGGACUUCAAGAAGUACAACGCCAAGCACAGGAGGGAAAAAAUAUUGGCACAACAAAGAAAGGCAUUGGACCAACAUAUUCUUCCAAAGCUGCAAGAACAGGCCUUCGUGUUUGUGAUCUGCUUGCAGAUUUUGAUGAAUUUUCUUCCAGAUUCAAGAAUCUCGCACAGCAGUACAAGUCAAUGUUUCCCAAUUUGGAAAUAGACAUAGACGGGCAACUGAAAAAGCUAAAGGGAUAUGCUGAAAAAAUAAGACCAAUGGUCCGAGAUGGUGUUUAUUUUAUGUAUGAAGCUCUUCAUGGGUCCCCAAAGAAAAUUCUUGUUGAAGGUGCCAAUGCAGCACUACUUGACAUUGACUUUGGCACAUACCCAUUUGUGACUUCAUCGAACUGCACCGUGGGUGGUGUGUGCACAGGACUCGGUGUUCCUCCCCAGAACAUUGGUGAAGUAUAUGGCGUGGUGAAGGCCUAUACCACAAGAGUGGGAAUUGGAGCCUUUCCCACUGAGCAGAUUAACGAAAUUGGAGACCUCUUACAGUCCCGAGGCCAUGAAUGGGGUGUCACCACAGGCAGAAAAAGACGCUGUGGCUGGUUAGACCUUGUUAUUUUGAAGUAUGCUCAUAUGAUCAACGGAUUCACUGCUCUGGCAUUAACAAAACUGGAUAUUCUGGAUGUCCUUGAUGAGAUUAAAAUUGGUGUUGCUUACAAACUGGGUGGAAAAAGAAUUCCAUAUUUUCCAGCUAACCAGGAAAUACUACAGAAAGUAGAAGUGGAGUAUGAAACAAUGCCUGGGUGGAAGACUGACACAACUGCUGCGAGAAAAUGGGAAGACCUCCCACCCAAGGCACAGAAUUACAUACGAUGUGUGGAAAACCAUGUCGGGGUGCCAGUUAAAUGGGUUGGAGUUGGAAAAUCAAGAGAGUCAAUGAUCCAGCUAUUUUAAACAAACAAAGAACUUCAGUGAUGAAAAACACAAUUUACUGUUCAUCUGUUCCUUACUGCUCCCAAGUUACAGUGGAGAUGCUGUUUAAAACCAAAAUGUUCUUCUAGGAGAUGAGUAGAAACAAAAUGCAUAUUCUGUACUUUCUUAUUUUCAUUUACCUUUCAGCUUCCAGUAAAUGCGACUAUUCAAUGAUAAAAAUCUGUUUGGUGGCAACUAUCACAAGAAUUGCAAAAGCAUAAAAAUUCAGUAACUUGAAAUCAAGAACAGGAGUGAAAAUAUAUAUAUUUUUUCUUUUUAGUUGUGACAUAUUACUAUUCAAAGUGUUUCACAUCCAUAGGCAGUUAUUUCUUCACACUGUUGCCAAUAUCAAACAUUUUCCAAUACUUAUUAAGCAAAUGCAGAAUUGUAAAAGCUGGAUGUAUUCUUCAUUGCAGGUUCUCAAAAUGUUGUAUCUAUAGGUUGGCAGUGAUAAGACAUAAAUUACAUUGAACUUUGGCCUUUUAUGUAGACCCUCAGUCCCAAAAAUAAUCCAGUUUGGUAGGCAUUUUUAAUUCCACAAAGCGAGACAAUCACAAUUAGCUGGAGGCCUGUGAUUUUAUUUUUACAGCCUACUAAUGUGAGAAAAGGAAAAGUGAUUGUAUUGGAGAGCAGUGCAAGCCAGUAACUGAGGUAACUUCUGGAGAUGGGCCAAACUUGAGACAGGCGACCUGUCUAGGCGUUCCCUCUCAUAGCCUCUUUACCAACAGGCACUCCAUGUAGGGGCUAUCGGAAAUGCUGUCCUUUCCUCCUGUGCAAAAUGGAAGA